UAUGGUUUGUUAUCAUUUUGUUUACAAAACUUCAGCUUUUGGAAAAAUAGAAAAAUAAUGAAUAACUCUUCAAAUAAGCAGUACAAUAAUGAUCUGGGCAUACGUAUUCGUCCGCCAAAUAGUGAGCUACCAUUUCCGGAUAUUAAGAAACCUCAACCCAUAGGUUUUUAUAGCAUAAAUGCUAAUCGUGAUUUUGAGCCUAAUGAUCAACAAUUGCGUUACUUUAAAUUGCCCAAUGUCAAUAAAUUACCUCUAGAUCUAAAUGCUGGUUUAGAUAUAGCCAUAAAGAAACCAGAAUCAGCUAAUGAUGAAACUUUAGAUAGUUUAUUGAAAUUCAUUUACGAUCACCAUCAUAGAAUAUUUGGCCAAGCAAAUGGUGCACCACCACCACCGCCGCCAGAGUUUGUUACAUGGCGUGGAAUACUACGGCUCAUAAUGUGUACCCCUUAUGAAUACCGUCAGGAUUGGUGUUUGCAUGUGACACGCUUCAAUAACACAUUCUAUUUGCUGAAAAGAGAAACGGCCCAAGAUAAGUAUCGCCGCAGUCAGGAAACUGAACAGCAGAAAACAUUUAUGGCUUAUGGUUUUAAAUUUGAGCAGUAUUGUUUAUCAGAAUCACCGUUCAAGGAACCGGACACAACGGCACCUGUCAAUGAAAAUGAAGAAUUUACUUUGGUCUUUCAAACGCGUUUAGCUGGUCUAAGUCUAUUGUAUGGGGCCGAAAUGGAUGGUAUAGUUAGUGAUCAGCCAGUACAACUAAACUACGAUAAACCCAAUAAUUUGGAUACUCUAAAAUAUGUUGAACUUAAAGUGCGUCAGAGAAAUUUGAAUGCAUUUCAAUAUAAAUCAUUUCUCCAGCACAAAACUCGCAACUGGUGGUGUCAAUCGUUUUUAGUAGGCAUCCAAGAUUUAUAUGUUGGCAUGAGAAAUGAAAAGGGUUUCGUACACGAUAUCGAACGUAUGGAAAUGAGAUCUUUACCUAAAUUAGGAGGACAAACUCACUGGGCUCCCUGGGUAUGUGCUAACUUUCUGCUACAGUUUCUCUUACGAUUACGCUCAAUAAUGUCUAAUGAAAAUUGUCCCCAUACGGUCUAUGAGUUUUAUUUUAAUGCCAAAACUGGUCAUAUAACUUUUGAAUGCUUUAGAGGUAAAACACCUUAUUCUUUUAUACCAGAUUGGUAUAUUAAUCUGAUAAAUCGCGCGUAAAUUUAUAUUAUAAGCUAUUGAAUGUAAUGGUUUUUUUAUAUUGAAUAUAUAUUUUUAGGAAAAUUAUUGAUAUGCUUAAUAAAAAUAAAGUUUUCUAUGAAAAAUAAA